UACUGAACCAAUAGAGUUAAUAUGGUUUUAACAGAUAGUUUAAAGAUAUGUACAGUAUGUGCAUCCAAUAAUAAUAGAUCUAUGGAAGCUCAUAAGCAACUACGAGAUGCAGGAUAUAAUGUCAAAUCAUUUGGUACUGGUUCAGCAGUUAGAUUACCAGGUCCAUCUAUAGAUAAACCUAAUGUUUAUGAAUUUGGAACACCAUAUGAAGAUAUUUAUCAAGAUUUAAUAAGUCAAAGUUGUAGAAAAAUGUAUGAAGCAAAUGGAUUAAUUCACAUGUUGGAUAGAAAUAGAAAAGUUAAACAAGCACCAGAAAAGUGGCAAAACAAUGCUUAUGCUGGAAAUUUUGAUUUAGUAAUAACUUGUGAAGAAAGAUGCUUUGAUAGCGUGGUGGAUGAUUUAAUGUUUAGAAUGUAUAGUAGAGAUGAUUCAAAUGAAGUAAGGCAAGUUGUUCAUAUAAUUAAUGUUGAUAUUAAAGAUGAUAAUGAAAAUGCACUUCUAGGAGGUAAAGGUAUUUUAAAAUUAGUUAAUAUGAUUCAUGACUUUAGACAAAAGAAGAAAGAUCAAUAUGAAGAUGAAUCUGAUGUAAUUCUAGAAGAUCAAAUGAUGGGUAUAUUGACAGAAUGGCAGAAAGACCAUACUCAUUUACCCACCUUAUAUAGCAUAUCGUACUACUAGUUUAAUGUAAUUAAUAAAAGUACUCACUCAUAG